AUGACAACAAAUCAAUCGAGCUAUGGAACCAUUCCAAAGAAUGAAAAUGGCGAAACGGAAUCGUUGAUCGAAGACCAGAACAAAUCCAACAAACUAGCUUUGCAUUGCAAUCGGCGUGUUCUGGUGUUUGUCAUUAUGGCAGCAAUCGUUCUUGCGUACCCAAUCCACAAAAUGGCAAACAAGUCGAUCAUCGGCACAAACAAACUCGGAUGGAUACCCACGGAUGACCUAGGAGUGCAUAUCGUCAGCCGAAAACCGGAUGCUUUGCCAAGUUCGAUUUGGGGAAGGAAACGACAAGAGGGUCCAUUGCCGACGAACAGCUGGUACUUGAAUCUAGUGUCCCAUCGCGCCGAAUUCCAACCCGACGAAUCCACCAAAGUGUACACGGUUCCUUACAUUAUUGACAUGGCGCCUGCAGGUGACGUGACAGGUAUCAAUGUGCACUGGCCCAUUACUCAAACUAGUACAAACAAUGUACAGAUGGUGCACGAUGCCAAGAAUGGCGUGAAAUUAGGUGCACUGGGCCUCAAUGCUUCCUACCAAGUCGACCAGGAGGAAAACUUGAGUGCUCUUGGGGUAACCCUCCGUUGGGACGGCGGUGACGACGACGAUGAUGAAAAAGACGCAUACAUGAAGACUCAUCUCGUCAGAGGAAUGCCUUAUGCUACCAUGAUAUACUCGGGAGGCAUUCUUCCCUCUCUAUUUUCCUUCAACGGCCCUGCUUCUAAUCCUGUCAUUGACGGCGACAAUUCGACGAAACUCGUUUGCGGGCAGUACGAGAAUCAGACCAUUUCGAAUGCGACAUCGGCCACUGUGCAAGAAAAGAUUCAACUGCAUUUCAUCAAUUCAGACUUUACAUGGACGGUAUUUUUCAGCCAACCCGUCGAGGUGGAGUGCGGAAUCACAUCCGGGGAUGAAAAACUGGCCCAGUUUCAACUCAACGUCAAGAGCUAUUCCAAGGAGGAUGAACCGCUGAUGGUCCGCAUGGCCCUAAUGGAUUUUUGCACAACCGGACAGGCGAAUAUCAAACAGCACUGUGCGGAGAGGAAAUCACUUCUUGGUGGUUAUGCCACAUUGAUCGAGGAAAGUUGCGCAGUAUUCCCCACAAGCCCAGCAGUUCACAUUGAGUAUCCAUCGUCCGAGUCGGAAAACAAGACAUCUCAUUUGAAAUUCGAUUGGAAACCUGAUUCAGUUGAUGACGACUCGGACGAGGAUGACCUGAUCAUGUUCGCCAUGCCAAAUCACCAAGAAAAAAUGGUGGAAGGUGAAAUCACAAACCACUGUGUGAAUACAUUCCACGGCAAGACCUGUCUGGUGAAAGGUUCCAAAUGGUCCAUGGCGGAAGAUUUGAGUCAGACGCAAUCCUUUGUAGCCCGUCGACCACCCAUCGCUAGUGCUAUGGAGGCACUCGCCGUGGCCGUCUCCAAAGAUUUGGAACACGAGUUGUCGGAUAACCUGCAUCGUGGAGCAGCCGACACUUACUUUUCUGGCAAAAUGCUUUCUACGGUCGCUCGAACCAUUGUCAUUGCAUCGGAACUGAGAGAUCUUGCGGGAGGAAAUGAUGCUCUACUAGAGUUAAAGUACGACGUGGAUGAUGAAUAUUUGGCAAGCUCAAUGGCUGCUGCUUCAAAUCUAAAAAAUUUGCCAUCACAAAGGAAGAUCGAUAACGCCUUGAAGGACCUAAAGAAAUGCGUCCAAGUUUGGUUGGACGAACCCGAAGCUCCUUAUGUAUACGAUGAAAGCUGGGGUGGCCUCGUGAACUGUGGCUGUAACUAUACGUCAACGGGCCCACAUGGACAUUGCUCGAAUACCUAUCCAGAUUGUCCUGCAUUGGAAGAUGUCAAUGUUGACUUUGGAAAUGGCUACUACAAUGAUCACCACUUCCAUUAUGGAUAUCAUGUCUACGCCGCAGCUGUCGUUGCAAAGUAUGAUCCAGAAUGGGCUCUGAUGUACUUUGACAAGGUUCUACUGUACAUUCGUGACUAUGCCAAUCCUUGGACGAACGAUGAAUUCUUUACACCCUUCCGUCAAAAGGAUUGGUGGAUGGGAUCGUCUUGGGCCAGUGGCAUUGUUUCUGCAGAGAAUUCGCCUCAUGGUCGAAAUCAAGAAUCAUCCUCGGAAGCCAUUGCCGCCUACGAGAGUAUGGCUCUAUUUGGACAUGUCAUGACUGACAUUAUGAAAGUGAAGGACCCAGGUCGUUUGAAAAAGGCACAAUUGGUGCGUGAUGCCGGUGAGCUGUUAACAAAAACCGAGAUUGAUGCCACCAAUCGAUACUGGCAUGUAUGGUCCAGCAAGACACACAAGAAUACGUACCCAAAAGGGUACUCACAACCCGUGGUGGGUAUGCUCUAUGAGACCAUGGCCAGUUUCCAAACUUGGUUCUCCCCCCUCCCUCUGGUAUCGUAUGGUAUCCAACUAAUUCCCUUUACGCCAGUUGGAGAGUUUCGAGACGAUCCCGAGUGGGCAUCCAUUCUGUACCCAAUCUACGUAGAAAGCUGUACUGAAGCAGGUGACUUUUGUACGGAGAAUGGAUGGGAUAUUGUACAAGCAGGGCUUUGUGCUACUGCUGGAAACAUGGAUGAAGCUCUAGAGAAGGUCCUGUCACUUUCGGAAGAAUCGUUUGUUUCGGAUGGUGGCAACGGUAACUCUCGUGGUAAUACGAUCUGGUACAUUGCAACUCGGCCUUAUGCUGCUGAACAAGAUAAUAGGAGGUAA